CUACGGACAAACAUCUAUUCCUGCUGUCGAACUGGUUUUAGUGGGUUUCUGACGGACUUUGAAGCAUUUCGGAGAGGAAUCAGUGGAAAAAGUCAAAGAGCGGCGCUUCAUCCGGCAGCAGUUUGGAGAACUUUGAAGGUCGGUCCAACAAAACGCAGAACAUUUCAAAGCUAUGAAAGACUUUAACAUGAAGAAACACUCGCCCGCUCUCACUUCCGUACGAUUUUAGACCCGAUUUCUUUUUAUUCGUGAAAAUCUGUCUCAUUUAUCGGUGGCCAGAAAACACAAGCGCUCCUCCGUUCAGACGGCGCGGCGGAGCCACGAGCCCGGUUGAGUCUUUACGGUUCUCAUGAUGUGUUUAAGUACAGUCGGCAGCUCGGCCUCUCUGACAGUUCAUCAAAGUCUCAGCGAAGUCUGCGGAAGAAAAGUCAAGUCAGCACGAUGGCAGAACAAGUAGCUGCUGCUACUGCUGCUCCUGCGACGAAACCAGCCAAGAAGAAGACUCCCAGGACCAAGAAACCGGGUGUCAAACUCAGCGAGCGCAUCAGGAAAAUUGUGGCAGAAUCCAAGAACCGGAACGGCUCGUCUUUACCUUCCAUCAAGGAUCAUCUGAAGGCUGAAGGAUAUGAUGCUGUUCAGAACAGGCGCCGGAUUCUCUUGACCUUAAAGAGAAUGGAGGAAAAAGGCGUCCUGGUCAAGAAGAAGGCGUCCUAUAAGGUGAGCAAGCCUGUGACCAUAGGAAAGAAGGUCAAGAGAGCCAAGAAGACCGAAGGUCAGAAGAAAACUGUCAAGAGAAAAAGUGGUGUAAAAGCCACGAAAAGUCCGAAGAAGGCGAAAAAACCCAGCACGCCCAAGAAGAAAACCAAACAAAAGAGCCCCAUGAAGAAAACAAAGGAGAGCCCGAAGAAAACGACCAAAAAGACCAAACCAGCCAAGAAACCAGCUGCAAAGAAAACUGCUGCAAAGAAAACUGCUGCAAAGAAACCGGCUGCAAAGAAACCAGCUGCAAAGAAAACAACAAAACCCAAAACUAAGAAGACAGUAAGCAAGAAGUGAGCAGUUAGUUUGCUACUUUCAAUCAAAAAGGCUCUU